ACGUAAUAGUGUGUCGAAAGGCUGUAUCAGAAGAGAAAGUGCAAUUAUAUACAAUUUUAAGUUGACGAUCUUUGUAUUUUUUCAUGUACGAGAUCGCUGGAUAAGUUGCUCGACCACGUAUGCCGGAAGUGACGCGAUAGCUACCACGAUCUCCACAUCAUUCGGAAUCAGAAUAACAAGUUGUGUGAGAGGAUAUCGUUCACCAGUUGAACACAAUCGCAUUACGUUCGUACACGGGGCAUUUUGCUUGGCCGUUCCGUGUUUCUCUGAUUUCUCCCCCUCUCCCCUAUCGUUACCUGUCCUUCUCUGUUCUUCUCUUCUUUCUGUGGUGCUUUCCGUCAUCGGUACCACUUGCGUGCGCGCACGUGUGCAUACGUAAGUGUGUGGGUAUUUUUUGAUUUUUAAAUAAAACAAGAUGCUGAUCUCGCAGGAAGUGAUCUCAAAAGCGGAAGAAAUCGCAGAUCAGGUGAUUCGCAAUGGAAAGCACAUAUUGCCGACCCUCGCAAGGCUUUGCCUUAUUGCCACAUUUUUGGAAGAUGGUUUGAGGAUGUGGUUUCAAUGGGUAGAACAAAAAGAAUUUAUCAAUAACAGUUGGAACUGUGGUACCUUCCUAGCUACUAUGUUCGUCUUGGUCAAUUUGAUCGGGCAGCUUGGUGGUUGUGUUAUGGUCAUCGGAAGAUGGAAAGUCAGCAUUGCGUGUGGAAUCUUGUUUUUCAUCGUGGUCCUUCAGACACUGGCUUACAACAUCUUGUGGGAUGUAACAUUUCUAUUUAGAAAUUUGGCUUUGAUUGGUGCUCUUCUUUUGGUCCUUGCCGAAUCAAGGGUAGAGGGAAGAUCAUUGUUUGCCGGUGUACCGAGCCUUGGAGAUAACAAGCCUAAGAAUCUUCUGCAGUUGGCUGGCAGAAUUUUACUAGCAUUUAUGUUUACAACAUUAAUUCGUUUUGAAGUAUCUUUCCUUCAAAUACUGCAAGAUAUCCUUGGAAGUAGUCUGAUGGUGUUAGUCACUAUAGGAUAUAAGACAAAGCUUAGUGCAUUGCUACUUGUCUUACUACUGACAGCAUUAAAUCUUUAUCACAAUGCAUGGUGGACUAUUCCAGAGUAUAAAGCUCUAAGGGACUUCCUCAAGUAUGACUUCUUUCAGACAUUAUCAGUAAUCGGUGGCCUUUUAAUGAUAGUUUCCUUAGGACCUGGAGGUGUGUCAAUGGACGAGCAUAAGAAAGAAUGGUAGAUGUCAUGAUAUCAUCUGAACAAGAAUCAUUACAUUGUCAUGAUCAUUGAGUAAAAUCAGUCUCCCAUUCCUGUUCCUUUGUAUGCUCAAUUGAGUCUGUAAUAAGUUUAUUGUUCGAUAGACAAAAUGCUACUAACGUGCAUUCAUUUUGAAUUAUACAAUUUUGGUAAAGGAGUUGUUCUCAAUUAAAAUUUAAAAACGUGUGUGUGUACUUUGAGUCACAUUAAAAUACAUGAAAUUAUAAAGAAAAACAAACUAAUCAUGCAAAGUUUCGACGUAUAAUUACUGUUAGGGAAGAAAGAAAAAGAGAAGACAACACCAAGGCAUAUUUAUAUUAUCAAUACUGGCAUUGUACAUAUAUGAACGCUACAUUUAUCGGGAAAACAAAAUAUAUUUUUUGUGUGUGUUUUUAA